CGGAAAUGGACUACAAAGGAUCCCCCCCCAAACAUCACAUUUCUUAAAAAAUACCUACGGUUUUAUUGGUUUAAAAACGCAUUAUCACAGCACGCAUGUCAUUCAUCCGAAAACGUGGUUUAAUGCCGUUCCAGAACGACUUCCGGUAUUGUUCAUGACGUCGCGUUACUGUUUAGUUUAGCCGCUGUGCUAGCUACCGUUACAGCUGAGGUAACUUUCGGGGCUUCCGGGAAUGUUUUUUGUCGUUAAUAAUAUUUUAGCGCUGCUGUAUUUAUGAGAGAGAGAGAGUGUGUGUGUGUGUGUGAGUGAGGGAGAAAGAGAGAGAGAGUGUGUGUGUGUGUGUGUGUGUGAGUGAGAGAGAGAGAGAGAGAGAGAGAGAGAGAGAGAGAGAGAGUGAGUAAGAGAGAGAGAGUGUGUGUGUGAGUGAGUGAGAGAGAGAGAGAGUGUGAGUAAGAGAGAGAGAGAGAGAGUGUGUGUGAGUGAGUGAGAGAGGAUGGAGGACGACUUGGUGUGCGAAUACGACUCCACCUGGGACACUGAGAGCGACGGAGACGAUUUGGGGACCGAAAACCCAAUACGGCGAACGUGUCCGGAUAAAAACAAGAAAGCGAAGGCCGGGUUUUGGUCUAAUUCCUCCUCGAGAAAUCUCCGGGCAGCCAAAGACAUGCAGAACUACAGACACGGCUAUCCGAACAUCAUCGACGAGGACUGUACAGAAGACAGGAUGCCAAAUUUAAAGUUCUAUCUCAACGAAAUAAAGUCAUCACCUGAUGUUUCAGACGUGUACAUCGAGACGUUUCACAGCGAGUGGAAAUUAGAUUAUAAGAGACUUGAAAGAGUUCAUUCGUACAUCCAGUGGUUGUUUCCUCUGCGUGAGCCAGGAGUGAAUUACCUGGCUACCGAGCUGACCAAGAAGGAAAUCCAGGCAUUUCAAGAAAGCGAGGAGGCAAAAAGGCGUCUGGUCGAUUCCUACGAGCUCAUGCUAGGUUUUUAUGGCAUCCAACUGACUGACAGAGAAACCGGCGAGGUGAGACGCGCAGAGAACUGGAGGGAACGCUUCACUAAUUUGGAGCGGAACAUGCACAACAACCUGCGGAUCACGCGCAUCCUGAAGAGUCUGGGCGAACUCGGCUUUGAGCAUUACCAAGCUCCUCUAGUGCACUUCUUCCUGGAGGAGACUCUGGUCAAGAAGAACCUGAGCAGCGUCAAGCGCAGCGUGCUCGACUAUUUCUUGUUCGCCGUGCGCAACAAACACAAACGCCGCGAACUGAUCAGCUACGCCUUCCAGCACUUCGAGCCCAAAGACAAAUUCGUCUGGUGUCCGAGAAGAAUCCAGAAACGUUUCAAGAAGAAAGCCGAAGCGAAGAGGCAGGACUCGCCGAGUAGAAACAAGAGAGAUGGAGAGAAGCGAGAAGACGACGAGACGAUAAGCUGCGAAGGUUCUUCGGUCGACCCGGAACCUAGAGAUGAAGGUUCUUCCAAGGAGCCUCUGAACAACGGCAACCAUCUCGAUAACGGAGAGAUGGACACCUCGAGCGGCGAAAUGAGCGCCGUUAAAAGCGACGAAGACGAAAAUCAGGCGAAACCCGCCGAGAACACGUCGUCCAAAUCGGAUCAGGAAAUGAUCCGAGUCAAGGACGACGAAGAAGCCAAGAACAUUUCAUCAUCUCCGAAAGGAACCGGUCCGGGAAAGCAAGUGUCAGAAAGCCCCAAGCACAGCUUGACGUCCUCGCCACAUUCCGAACGGGCGGGAAAACUUCCCAGAACCAAGGAUAAUGCCGGGUUAGGAAUUUCAGAUCAUUUCAAAUCUUCAGAAGACGCAUUUAACACGAGCUCGCCGGAGAAAAUCGUCGAGUCGGACACGAAAGACGGAGAGAAAACGAACGGCACAGACGCCGGAGAGAUGAUGGACACCGAGCCCAGCGGACGGGAUUCCUAAAAAAUAUCCUUAGUCCGAAUUAGGCUCUAAGAUAGGGACGAUAAUUUCCAAGAACAAACAUGAAGACAGAAUGUGACGAACUCCUUAUCAAAUACCUGAAAAUGUGAAAACCGUUCUUUAAAGAAGGGACGAAUUUUUGUCAUUUUCUGUUUGUUGAGCUAAAAGAUGUACAUGAAGUGUAUAUGAAGACUUUAUCUUGGUCUAAAUGUUUGUUUGGGGGUUUGUUUUGUUUUUGUUAUUACUCGUGAUUAAAUUAUUCGAAUUCGGGAAGGUGAUUCGAAGCAGACGGGACACGCGUGUAUAAGCGCUGAACCUCAGCAUUUUGUAAUUAGUAAUUAAAAUAAAUCAGAAUCGAAGUUUAAGUAUUUUAUUCUGACGUUUUACAGAUUUGAGGGGGGGGGAGCAUUGUACGAAGUCGAUUCUUUAGAACCGAUUCAGUACACCGAAUUCUGAUUCGCGCGAUCCGUUCGUCCAGUCCGAUACGGACGCGAUCUUCUGCCGGCUGAAUGUUGAAAACGUGCGGUAUAAUUAUUUUUUUUUUGUUCGUUUGGUAUUUUAGUACAGUUUAAUCCCCGAAGCCGUACGACUCGGCACUUACGCGUGGAAAAAUAUUAAAGUGGUUUUCUAGAAAAGAUUUAAAUCUUAUAUAAAAAGAGCCUUGUGCUUUAUUCACGCAAGGUGCAGAUCGAGAGUAAAAUGGUUCCUAUAAAAGCCUCGUAGUCGGCGACACUUACGUACGAGUCAGAUAUACCUUCACUGGCCACUUUAUUAAGAACAGCAGGUGCUCUCGGAAUAUCUCUGGCGACCCGUGGGGCUGCUGAAGCCGACGUUGUGCUCGUGAAUCCAGCUUGAGAUGAUUCUGUGGCUCCUGCUUGAAUAGGAUUAUUUAUUAUUCCCCACGCUAUUAGACCACUCCCACCAGGCUGAUCUGUUAAAAGGCUGGUUGUGUUCGUGGGAUCUGUGCUCAUGAUGUGAAAUUCUGACCCUACCAUCUGCAUGUUGUACCAGAUGAUGUUCCAGUCGGAGUCUGUGCGCACGUGUUAGCCUCGGGUUCCCGUUCUCGGCUCCUCUUCUGCAAUCGUCGCCCGUCCACCUCGAGGUCCUGAGGUUAUUUUGAGAUGCUUUUCUGCUCCCCACGGAUAUAAAGACUGCCCGUUCGAGUUGCCUCCUCAGAUCUCUUCGAUCAUGGAUUCGAGUUCUUUCCCUGUUCUGAUGUUUAAAUAUUUAUCUCCUCACGUGAUGCAUUGCUUCGAUCAGCCGAUCGAUCGAUUAAUUAACUCAUAAGCAUGAAUGAAGGGUGUUCCUAAUAAAGUGGCAAACGAGAGUAUGUUGUGGUUAUAAUUGUUUUAAGACACAUUGGAAGAGCUUGAAUUUUUUUACCAAAAAUGUUCAGAUUUCAUGAUGACAGUGAAACAAGAUCAGGAAGAUCUCCGGCAUUUCUUCACGGACCAAGAACACAUUAACGAGAGACUCCCUUGUGAAUGCUGCCUGUUGCCCUGUUUUGGAAUGUACCAUCGUUUUAUUUGUUCUCUCGCUUUUUUCCUCUAACAGAUGGAAAGUAAAGAAAAAAAAAUCACGUGUUGA